AGGCUGGAGGGAGGCAGCUGUUGCCAUUAUAUUAGCAGGCAGCUCCGAUACAUCAGCGACUUCACCCUCCUCCACUAGAAAGAGAGAAAAAAAAAAGGAAAAGAAGAAGAUGAGUCUGCGGACAGCAUCGUAAACACACGAAACUGACGGUAGAGAAUUUAUUUCAAAAAGUGAAAUCCAAUGGUACAGAAAAGUAGUAUGUCCAGGACGCCUUCGACCUCAACCCAGGAGAUCCAAAUGGACAUGUUCGACCAUCAUCCACACACACAGGGAAAGUACGCCAAGAGGAAGAGCCGGUUCAAGCGCUCGGAUGGAAGCACCUCCUCUGACACCACCUCCAACAGCUUCGUCCGACAGGGCUCUGCAGACUCCUACACCAGCCGGCCGUCGGACUCGGACGUGUCCCUGGAGGAGGAUCCCGAGGCUCUGAGGAAGGAGGCCGACCGACAGGCUCUCGCCACACUCGAGAAAGCAAAGACCAAACCGGUGGCGUUUGCUGUUCGCACCAACGUCGGCUACAACCCCGGCCCCAGCGACGACGUCCCCGUGCAGGGCAUGGCCAUCUCCUUCGAAGCCAAAGACUUCUUGCACAUUAAAGAGAAGUACAACAACGACUGGUGGAUCGGGCGCCUGGUGAAGGAGGGCUGCGAGGUGGGCUUCAUUCCCAGCCCGGUCAAACUGGAGAACACCCGCCUGCUGCAGGAGCAGAGGAUGAGACAGAACCGCCUGAGCUCCAGUAAAUCUGGAGGAAGUUCUAGUCUGGACGUUGCCACGGGAACCCGCCGACCCACUCCACCUGGCACAGCUCACGUGGACAUGUCCACGGUGCCGUUUGACGUUGACCCCCUCGACCUGGAUGCCGAGGAGCCCCCUGAGUCGCAGGGUGACCCUCGCUCCUCCAAGGGCAUGUCGGGCAGCGUAACAUCCCCCCAGGCCAACGCCCACCGACUGCCCUUCUUUAAGAAGAUGGAGCACGUCCCUCCCUAUGAUGUGGUUCCCUCCAUGAGACCCAUCAUCCUCGUCGGACCUUCACUCAAAGGCUACGAGGUGACAGACAUGAUGCAGAAAGCGCUCUUUGACUUCCUGAAACACAAGUUUGAGGGCAGGAUAUCCAUCACACGGGUGACAGCAGACAUCUCUCUGGCCAAACGCUCGGUCCUCAACAACCCCAGCAAACACACCAUCAUCGAGCGCUCCAGUACUCGCUCCAGCCUGGCUGAAGUGCAGAGCGAGAUAGAGCGUAUCUUCGAGCUGGCCCGAACCCUGCAGCUGGUCGCUCUGGAUGCAGACACCAUCAACCAUCCCUCUCAGCUGGCCAAGACCUCCCUGGCUCCCAUCAUUGUCUAUAUCAAAAUAGCCUCGCCCAAGGUUCUCCAGAGGCUCAUUAAGUCCAGGGGGAAGUCUCAGGCCAAACACCUAAAUGUGCAGAUGGUUGCAGCAGACAAGCUGGCUCAGUGCCCACCUGAACUGUUUGACAUCAUCCUGGAUGAGAACCAGCUGGAGGACGCCUGCGAGCAUCUGGCCGACUACCUGGAGGCCUACUGGAAGGCGACGCACCCGCCGAGCAGCAACCCUCCCAACCCGCUGCUGAACCGCACCAUGGCCACGGCAGCGCUGGCCGCCUCCCCCGAGCCCGUCUCCAACCUGCAGGUACAGGUGCUCACCUCCCUGCGCAGAAACAUGGAUCUGUGGCCCGACAUGGACGGUGCCGUAGCCGGCGAGGGGAAAGAGGAAGAGCACACUCUCUGAAGCCCGGGGGGCGGGGGGAACUCAGCAGCCCUUGAAGGAGGAUUAAAUCCCUGUUCAUGCUGUAUAUAGAAACACAAACACACCUAUGCAGGACACACAGUGAGCCCACUCAUGAACACCUACAGUAACACAACGUUGUCUUUCCUUCUGUUCAAAACUGUGAAGCACACUGGACUCGAGGAAUAACCCAUAAGUCACCUCUGCCCCCCCCCCCCGAGGCUGCUUCCAUUUCGCUGUAAUCAAGAGUAAAAUAAUAUCCGCUGCCCCCACCCUGCCCUCUUUAGCUCCAUGGCCUCCUUUUUUUUUUUCUCCUGCACUUUUUGUCUUCUUCUUCUUCUGGGAGGCUGAAUCCAGUUCGCUGUCCUCCUCCGUGUUGCCAUGGCACCGCCCCUGAAAACAGCAAGUCAUGUCCGCCUCUUCAAAUAGAAACGCUCGGUUUGGUGGAGGCUGUUGCUAACACUCUGUCCACUUUAAUCAAUUUAUCACGAGUGUGGCGGCAAAAUACUAAUCAGUUGGGCUUGUGUUGGCUAGUGGCGUCUCACCAGCUGUAAUGAGUCGCAUGCCGUCAGGUCGGGUUUAUGUUUAAGACAGUGUUGCACAGUUUUUACAUGCAAACAUUACAGAGCUGCACGACGAACCUGCUGGUGUUUCUUAAUUCAUGUAAAACUGCUUCAGAGCUGAGCUUCUUUUUCUAGUCUUAGACAUGUUGCUGCUUGGUUCUGCUGUGAGCUCAGUCUGCCAGCAGAUGGCGCUCUAGUAAAGGUAGAAACUCACUGGGUGUGUUUGCAGGAAGGUUCCAUCCCAACUAGAAUGCCUUUGUUCUAGUAACGUUUUGAGAAAGUUCUGCUAAGUUCUAGUAAUGCUUUCAAUGCAAAGUUUUCUUUAAUGUUUUUCUUAAAAGCAGGAAAAAGUUCCCUCAAGAGGUGUAAAACAUUUCCCAAAUGUUGGAUCGAGAACCUUCUCCAGAGCAACAUCCUGAGAACACUGCAGGCAAAAUGUCCCACCAAAUUACAAGAAUGUUUUAUAGAACCACAUUCUGUCUUCUGAGGCAUCGAUAAAAUCUUGAAAACAUUUUUUGAAUGUUGGUCUGAGGAUGUUCUUCUUUUGUCAUCAUAAUCUGACAACAUUCCCCAAACAUCCUCUGAAUGUUCUGUCAUGCAAAAUUUUACCUUCAUGUUAUGAAUAUCUUCAGAGUUGUGGGUCCUAAAAGUACAAAAGAAUGGGUUUAACUUCAUGCUUUUUACCUUUUGUUGUCACGUUUUCAGUCAUUUCUUGUGAAGUUAUGAGUCUCAUAACUUAAGAAAUACAGAAGAUAAAUAUAUAAAAUUUUGGGGGAUAAAAAACACAUCUGAGCCCUGAAAAAGCUCCAAGCAAACCAAAUUUACAUCCACUCCAGGUGUCACAAUCUAAAGACAAAAUCUUGUUUUGGAUUUUUUACUAUAUCUAACUUUGAGCAUCAAUAUUAUGGGAUGUAUCAUAGUUUCAACAGUAAAACUGCAACAUUUUAAUGGCGUAGAGUCAUAAACAAUCCAUGGUACCCUGGAUGUGUUUCUGUUUUCUGAUAUUUCACCAGAGAAAACUUGCAUAAAAGUGCAUUCUGGGUAAACUUUCAAGGCUCAUAUCAACAUGUGUGGUUGGUCAGAACAAUUAUAGACAAUGAAAGGAUGACUUUUAUACACAUUUAUGUAUUAAAUCUCAAAAAUACUGUGAAAAAAUAAUGUGAAUUUCAACCCACUUCUAUGUACUUCAAGGGCCUGUAACUCUGAAAACAUUCAUAGUAUGAAGAUAAAACUUCAUUAAAUACACGAAAGUUAUUGUACAUAAAAAAAUCAGCUGAUUCUGAUGGAGUUAGACGGCAACUUUUUUCUGAUUUAGUUGGUAACUGCGGCUGUUGAAGCCAUUUUUUGACCAAAAUCAGUACAAUGGCAAUCUGCUAUUGUUGACAGUGAGAUAAAUUACAGAUGUCUACAGGUGUGGAGUCAUAGAAACAAUCAUCGGGUGUGUUUCUGUUUUCUGAUAAUUCACUAAAAAAAACUUUAAAAAGUGCAUUUUGGGUAAACUUUAGGGACCUUAUCAGCAUAUUUUGUCAUCAUCUGACUAAAUCCUCCAAACAUCCUCUUAAUGUUCUGUCUUAAUUCACUUUAAACAUUGAAGGAACAUUAUUUUAAUUGAUAAAAACCCUUAAAACGUUCUUUAAACAUUAUUUUUCAAAUGUUAUUGGAACCUGAAUGCAGAACUUAGCAGAACUAAUGUGCUUUUACUAACUUGAGUAACAACUAGUAUGUGUGUUUGCUGCACUAUGGAACUUUUCAGUGUGAGUUAGUGUUUGCACUGUGCAAACCUGGAACAUGUGGAAGCCUGAACACUUGAGUCUGUUUUGUCUGUCCCGUUUGCUGAACUAACCGCUGACGGUCUGCUGUUUGUGUCUCUGCA